AUGGCUACAAUAAAAUCAAUGAAGACAACUACAACCAGAACAAUCACGACUGAGCAGUCUACUGAAUCAGGAAUCACCAAAGUGAAGAAAGUGACCCAGGUGACAAAAGUCACAUCAGAGGAAGGGGGAGAGCAAGUUCGGAGGAAGUCAUCAGUCACACAGCAGACACUAAAUGUUGUCACACAUUCCUUUGAGAUUCCACCAGGAGAGAGUAUCCCUGAGUUUGAUGAAAAGCCAAAUUCCACUGUAGUACCAGAAGGCAAGGAUGCAAUUUUUAAAGCCAAGGUGAGUGGGAACCCCAAACCCACAGUCACAUGGAAGAGAGGAAGUGGAAAGCCCAUCAAAGAAGGAGCAAAGAUUUUCUUUGACAGCAUCACUAAAGAGAAUGUUCUGAAGCUGGAUAAUGUCACUACAGAUGAUGAGGAUGCCUACAAAUGCAUUGCUUCCAACACUCAUGCUGAUUGCACAUACGUCAUUUCAUUGACGGUGACUGAAAGUCAAGAUAAACAAGUAAACUUCCGAACAAUGUUGAAGAAAAGGUCAGCCCCAGUUCCCAAGGAAGAGAAGAAGGUUCCAGAUGAAAAGGAAAUGUGGGAGAUCUUAAUGAAAGCAGAUAAGAAGGACUAUGAGAAAAUUUGCUUGGAGUAUGGAUUUACUGACUUUAGGGGAAUGCUGAAACGCUUAAAAGAAAUGAAGAAAAAAGUAGAGACUGAGGCAGUAAAAGUUUUAAAGCCAUUGGAAGAUCAGGAUGGAAAAGUUGACUCAACAGUUACCUUUGAAACAAUCAUGGAAUUGAGGGACCCUAACAUUAAGAUGCAGUGGUUCAAGGAUGGUGAGCCAAUAAGGACACAAUUCUCACUAGGAAAGUUUGAAAUUAAACAAGUGGGGACAAAGUUUAUGCUUUGUGUAAAAAACUUAACUCAGAAAGAUUCUGGCCAGUACACCUUGCAAGUUGGGGACAAAAAAUUCACAGUGAAGCUAAAUGUGAAAGAUGAGCCACUUAGGUUUGGAGUGAAGCUGAAACCUAUAAAGGUGGUGGAGAGACAAACAGGGACCUUUGAGUGCCGUCUCAGUAAGAAUGUGCCAAAUGUGUGCUGGAAGUUUCGAGGUAUUGAUGUGAAGCGAGAUGACAAACAUGAUAUCAUUGUGUCAGAGGAUGGCCUGACACACACCCUGAAAAUCAAAGAUGUUCGACCAUGUGAUAUUGGUGAAUACAGCUUUUCUGCGGGAGACCAAAUCUCUUCAUCUGAACUACAGAUUGACCGGCUCCCCAUCCAGUUCCCAAGUGCCUUAAAAAAUGUGUGUGUGAAGGAGAAGGGUAAAGCCCGUUUGGAGUGUGAACUGAGCUCCAAGGAUGUUCGAAUCAAGUGGUUAAAGAAUGGCAAAGAAAUUACUAGGUCCCCAAAGUACAAUAUGAUACAUGAAGGAAGACGUGUGGAAUUGAUCAUUGAUGAUGCUGAGCUUGAUGAUGGUGGAGAAUACACAGUUGUUGCCACACAAGAGAAUGAUGAGCGAGAGUACACCUGUUCGUCUACAUUGAACGUUGUAGAUCGGUUUGCCACAGUAAAGAGUGGAAUGUCAGAUAUUCAUGUUCAGACAGGCCAACCUGCAGAGUUCUGUGUGGUAUUGAAUGAUGAGAAAGUUGAUGGAGUGUGGCUAAAGGAUGGAAAACCGAUAACGGACACAAAAAACAUACAGAUUGUGAAGCAAGGAGCAGUGCAUAAAUUGAUCAUCAAUAACGUAGGUGAUGAUAGUGAAGGAAAGUACACAUUCAUAGCAAAAGGAGCAGAGAGCGAGGCCACGCUCUCUAUUGCAGAUCCACCCAUUAUUGAUGCUGAUGUACUUGCAGUACUAGCCAAGGAUCCAAUCACUGUAAAGGCAGGACACACAGCAACAAUUAAGAUCCCAUUUAAAGGAAAACCUAUCCCCAAAAUUACAUGGAUCAAAGAUGGUAUUGAGGUUUUUGAAGAUGAUAGGACAGAGAUAGAGAAGAGCCCUACACAGACUGUAUUGGUACUAAAACGCUGUAUAAGGGAGGACAGUGGGAACAUCACAUUAAAACUUAAGAGUGAUUGUGGCUCUGCUUUAGCUAAUCUGCAGCUAAAUGUCAUUGAUAGACCCAAACCUCCUCAUGGAAAAGUGGAAUUCCUCGAACACACUGGGAAAUGUAUUUCAAUGAAAUGGAAGGCACCACGUGAUAAUGGGGGCAAACGAGUCACAAGCUUUAUUAUUGAAAGGAAACUUGUGGGAAAGAAAUCAUGGAUAAAGGUUGGUGAAGUUGACGGUGACACCACAACCUUCUCCACCAAUAAGGUUGAUGAAGGAAAGGCAUACCAGUACCGAAUCCGGGCAGUAAACUCUGAAGGAGUGAGUGAUCCCCUAGAUUCCGAUGAGGUCUUUGCUGGUCAACCAAUUGAGUCACCUGGAAUGCCAUCUCAACCCCAGGUUACAGAUGUUUCCAAGGAUGCAAUCACUAUUGCGUGGACGCCACCAGUACAGGAUGGAGGUGCCCCAGUGCUUGGGUAUAUUGUGGAGAGAAGGAAGAAGGGCAGUAAUCAUUGGAUUCCUGCCACUAAGGAGCCAAUUCAAGACACUAAGUUCACUGCUGAUGGAUUAUUGGAGGAUAUGGAGUACGAGUUCCGUGUUACAGCAAUUAACCGUGCAGGACUUGGUCAGCCUAGCACUGCAUCCAACUCAGUGGUGGCUAAAGACCCUAUCCGGGCUCCAGGAAAGGUGAAGGAUAUUAAGGUGACAGAUUCUACCAAUUCAAGCAUCUCCCUAGCCUGGAAUAAACCAGAGUUGGGUGAUGAGCCUCAGGGUUAUAUCUUGGAAAUGAGGGCUGAAGAUGCUAAAGAAUGGACAAAGUGCAGUAAGAUACCCAUUACCAGCACCAAUUACACAGUGGGAGGCCUGCAGGAGCGAGGCAAAUACUUCUUCAGAAUCAGAGCAGUAAAUGAAGGAGGUGUGGGAGAACCUACAGAGCUAAACAAAGGCAUAUAUGCCAUCCCACCACCAGCUUCUCCCAGAUUUCUGGAUGCCAGAAUGCCAAACAGCAUGGUGGUCCGUGCAGGUGCAGCUCUGUGCAUCAACGUGGGCUUCUCGGGCUCACCUUCACCAAAUGUGAUCUGGCUGAGAGAUGGAACUCCCACCAAAGGCAGAGAGACAAUCACAAAAGGACUGAAUAUGUCACAGUUCUUGAUUUCCAGUGCCCAGAGAUCAGAUUCAGGAAUGUACAAGAUUAUGUUGAAAAAUGACUAUGGAGAAAAGUCUCAUGAUAUUAGAAUUCGAGUUGCAGAUUUUCCACGCCCACCUACCAACUUACACCUGGUUGAGGAAGUUCCAAACACAGUGACUCUCUCUUGGGACCACACUCCAGAUAAUAUAGAGGACGGCCGUGUGCAGUAUGUGAUAAUGAAGCGAGAUGCCAGCACUGCAACCUGGUACACUGUAACAGACCGUGUCUUUGGUAACAAGUACACUGUGACUGGUCUGCUUCCGGGCAGGAAGUACUUCUUCAGGGUAAUUGCUCGGAAUGACAUUGGAGACAGUGACCCACUGGAUUUGAAGGAGCCAUGGUACCUUGCUAGGGACAAAGAACGUUUCAGCCUGCAAUUUAAGGAAUAUCAGGAGAAGGAUUGGACCCACGCCCCUGAGUUCAUCACACCACUGAAGGACCACACUGUUCACCGUGGCAAUGAUUGCACCAUGAGCUGUGCCAUUACUGGCAAUCCGAGACCGCACAUUACCUGGUAUAAAGGCAAGGUCCACAUCUCCGAAAACCUUAAAUAUUGGUACACAUCCUCAAAUGGUGUCUGUACACUGACUAUUCCAAGUACAGAAAUGGAUGAUGCUGAUGAGUAUACCAUUGUGGCUGAAAACUCUCUGGGGAAGGUGAAGUGUUCUUGCAAGGUUACCGUGCAUGAAAAAGGUGUUACCUUAAUGCAGAACAGUCUUGGAGAAAAGCCACGUAGGAGUAAGUACAUCAUGUGAAUUCAGACUGGACCUCAGUGAAGACCGGCAUAGAUCAAGACUCGUCAUGUGCUGCCAUUAUGAAGAUCAAGCUUACUAACAGAGAACCAAUUUUUGUUAAGCAUAAUAAAUGGGGUAAACUUAUAGAAUUUCCAAAGCAUUUUAAUAUCUUUGAAUCACUUUCAGAGGCAGGGAUAAAAUUGGAGUCAUCAUUUGAGUUAAACAACAAAGUCAAAAAUUUAUACUUGGU